AUGGCAGCACCAGAUGUAUUGUUACAGAUACUGGAAAAUGCUUACCAUGCUAAUACUACCAGCAAGACGACUCUUAUCAACCCCCUUCCUCAGGAACUCAUGAACGCUAUCAUCGAUGAGAUCUACAACUACCUGGACCCAAAGAGCACCCAGCAUGCCCUCAAAGCAUGUGCCCUCGCCAGCAGUAUCUUUGUCUGUAGAACUCGAAAGCACCUAUUUGGUCACAUCACAAUUUGGUUGAUCCCCGAUUAUGAAAAGCUCCUUCCCCUCUCCCAAGUCCACUCAUUCACCACAUCCCUCACCAUCAUAUUUCAGAGUCGGCUCUGUGGCAGAUACUAUCCAACGAUAUCCACCUUAACGGGGCUUCCUUCCCUCGUUGAUGCGCUCCACAACGUCAAUACCAUCAUGCUCUGCGGGAUGAACUGGAAAUCCAUAUCUCAGCGAUUCAUUGAUUCCCUAGCAUUGCGGUCCUUCAUAUCCAUCACCCUUAUGCACACACAUUUUCCUGAUUCUAACACUUUCUAUUCAUUCUUAUCUCACUCAUCCAACCUCUGCCAGUUUUCCUGUUUUAUGACAACCGUCGAUAGCAGCGACCGUCCUCCGUUCCACACUUCUCACCGCCCGCAUAUCAUUGAGCUAUCUCUCCAGAAAAUGAGUCAGAUACCAGCUAUGCUGUUGUCGCAUGCUCUCUCCCCUGUGAAUCUGCAGAGCCUGCGCAUUCUUGAUGUGUUCCUAGACGAUGCUGGCUGA